AUUUCGGUCUUAUUAAUUAGCCGCCGUUGAUCAGAGCCCAGGGGUGAUGCGGAGGCUGCAUUGGUAGGUAGAAAAUUAGUUGAGGCAUAUGUUUUCUUCUGUAUAUGCGCACGCCCUCGAGACUCCACAACGGACUGGGAUUCUGUGGGGUUAUUUCUUUUGUUCAUCCACUCCACCAGCGAACUGGAUUUGCAUCAGUGUUCUUGCUCAUUCAAUUCUUUCCUCAUCAUCAGUUUCAGUGAACUGGGUCAAAAAGAGAUCUCUAGUUUCAGGAAAAAUUCGGAACACAAGUACAAAGCAGAGACCCGGCUGGAGAGACCUCAGGGACCAUCCACAUCCAUCUCGACUCCAAGCAACAAGAAGAAACACGAAAGCCAGUUGAAAGAGCUAGAUCACAAGCAUGGACAGGACAGCAAAUGUGGUAUUGGAUAUCGAGGGUCUGCCUCAACAACCUGAUAAAUGCUGCACUGGAAGUCCAAAGAUGACUAGAGCCCUGUCACGUAAGGGUCCAAACCGUGUGGAGAGGAGGGGCGGUGAAGAGCAGGAGCCAGAUGACUUGGGGAAAAAAGUUAUCAUUAAAGUUGUGCCAUCUCAGUUGGAGCAGAUCAAGUUGCCGCUAGUGCACAACAAAACUUUGGUCACUGCACAUUGCACUGCCACCGCACCUGUUCUGACUGACUCUGUUGAAGGAAGGACCAAGAGAUUUAAUCGACUCACGGCGUUUCAUCCGCGGAGAAUUCUUCUCUUCUUUGCAACUUUGUCAAGCGUCGGGACGAUGGUACUGAUAUACUUCACACUCGGCAUCAGCGGCAAGGUGGAAGCCUAGUCUGAGUACAUUGGUUGGGGGUGGUGCGGCGGUGUGGUGGUACAUUCCAUAGCUAGGACCAGCUUUCUUUCUUUUCAGUUUUUGCUUUGUUGGGGGGAGGUGAAGUGGUGUGGCAUUAUAGCGAUGCAACAGCAGUGGGGACGGACACCAACAUUCAAAAAAAGGAAUGGAGAUGACAGUCAUCUCGGCCAUGCUGCUCGACCGAACGGUGUUCGUCAUCACUGCCGCCCAAUGUGGCGCUCCUUGGCCUCCUAGAAAUUUUCUUCCGUUGUGUACGUAUAAAGAAAGAAAGAAUUUGUGACAGUGUGAGACUGACACAGAGUGCCGUUGGUGAUGAUGAUGAGUGGGCGUUGUGUGGCGCGCACUGUGCUGAGAUGAGAUGGGCCUUUUUCUCCU